AAUUUCUUAAUUUAUUCAUAAAAAAUUAUUAGUUUCUAACUACCUAAUUGAUCAAUCACCUUUUAUAUCGACUGAACAAUUCAUAAAAAAUAUAAAAUAUAUAACGCAACGGAUCGUACGGAUAUACUAACUCACAUGUGAUCACUUAAAUAUUAAAAGUUAGAUUAUAAACCAUGCAAAAAUUAUUUCAGUUUGAUAAUAAAAAAAAUUCAAGUUUUAUUUUUUACGAUGGACAUUGUUACACACGUCGUCAUGACACUCAAAUAUAUGUCCAAUGUCACAUGAGGUUUAUGAAAAAUUGCAAAGCUCGAGGUGUAACAAACCGAGGACCACCCGUUACUUUGUUGAAAAAACAUAAUCAUUCUAAAAAUUUUGAUUUACAGCCUGUAUAUGACUUUAAACAAGAACUUUAUAAAACUGUAACAUCAAGUUUUCGAGAUUUAAGAAGUAUUUACGAUGAGCUAUGUGUUAAACACCAAAAAGGAUCCUCUCUUGUGCCAUUUUGUCGCAUAGAGAGAGUAAUGCAACAGUGGCGGAGAAAAAUUUGCCCACCGACCCCUGGUUCACUUGGUGAAUAUUAUUUACGAUUAAAAUUGGAUCGUUGGCAAUAUUUAUAUCGAUCUCAGAACAGUAAUUUAACUAUUGCUAAUGUUUAUGGCAGAGACGGUUCGAUUGCCACAGUUUUUAUUGACCCUGAUUUAUUACAAAAUAUUCACACAACUAAUUUAUACAUCGAUGCGACUUACAAAGUUUGCCCAUCCGAUCCAAAAAAUUCAAUCUAUCAAUUUUUUACAAUUUUGGCGUCAAUAAAUAACGUGAUUUUGCCUGUCGCCUGGAGCCUCAUGUCGAGGAAAUCAACGGCGUGUUAUGUAGCUGUCAUUGAGCGUUUUAAGUCUUUUACUCAACAUGUUACUGUUUUAUCUUACAUGACAGAUUUUGAAGCAGGUCUUCGAAAAGCAUUACGAGAGUCAUAUCCCAAUGCAACCGCUCAAAGUUGUUAUUUUCAUUUUGUACAAGCCAUGAUUAAAAAAGCCAAAAAGUUAGGUAUAUUAAAAAAAAUAGAAAACUGGGAAGACGGAAAAAAAUUUUUUAGGAAGAUACUUGCUCUAGCACUACUACCAAGUGGUGAUAUUUUACAAGCAUUUCAUUGGUUACUCCAAAUACAUACUCCUUUCUAUCAUAUUUUCAAAAACUUUCUCGACUAUUUCAUAGAUUAUUGGUUACUAAAAAUUACACCAGCAGGAUUUAGUGUCUAUAGAUUAAAAAUUAAAACUAACAACUAUACCGAAUCAUAUCAUCGAAGACUAAACAAGUUUUUCGGCUUACAUUCAUCACUUUGGCAAUUUACCUUGAACCUCCGACGCCUUCAUGAAAUCACAAAAAUUGAAGUACAAUCGUUAUUACUAUCGCAACCUGUACGAAGAGAGACACGACCGAAAGAUUUACUUCGAGCUCAAUUGCUGGACAGGGCAUGGGAAUUAUAUGAUUCUGAUGUGUUAGACAUUCCACAUUUUCUUGAACUUGCUGAAUAUAUAUCACCUGUGUUGGCCGAUGGAAAUAUACAAAUAAGUAUCGAGGAUGUAGAUAAUUUUAUUAAUAUUCCCAUUUACAGAUACGUUGCAGUCGGUGAGAAUAAUUAUGUGGUUAUUAAUAAUGAUGAAGCGAACCAUGUGCAGCAUAUACUCUUCAUCCAACAAAAUUAGAAAAUUUCAUUAAGAAAAAAAAGCUUGGAAAUUGAGUAAAAAAUAACUUUGUCUCAAAAAAAAAAAUAUGUUAAAUUGCUACUGAAGAACGUCUACAAUUAAAAUGCCCUUUGUGCAACGAGCCAGUGCAGAACUUUGCUUGUGUAUUUGAAAUGAUAAGAAACAUAUGAUCACAAUUGCAUUAGUAUGUUUUUUAACAACAAAACUAUGUUUUUUAACAAAAAAAAUAUAUAUUGAAAUUUUAUUUAUUAAUUAUAUUGAC